ACAGGACUAUGAGGUUUAUAUCAAGUGACGGAAGGCAUGGUGAGGGCGAACUUGGAUGAAAGAGCAGCAGUGUAAUGGAUGAAGCUACCCGAUACUGACCGUCGUUUAGGCAACAGAAAGUAGAAAGUUCAGCAUUGUGGUGGCUUCCAGAUUCGCGACAGAAACGUGAUCCGUGAAAGGACGAGAACCCCGCUGCACGCAAUAUGUAUUUGAGGAUUCUAUUUGUGCUGCUUUGUUCUUUACUUCUGUACUCCACACCUUGUGGCAGCUCCUUCACGCCGGUGUCGAAUGGCGAGGUAGAACUGAUCACACGGGCUUCCAUCAACGUCUCCCAGUUCUGUCAGGAUGAGCUGGCUUGUCGAAGCACUCUCAACACAUCGUCAUGUGACAAGGACGGAUUCUGCUCCGAGGUCGUAUCCUGUAACGGCCGUGGAGGCUUCCCCGCUGUGGAGUACCCGCUUGGAGACUGGGAACCGGCGGAUGAUCAUGAGGGUUGUCAGGUUGUGGACAAGACGCCCACCUCGCCACCUUCGACGCUCGCUCGCCACAACAGCGACAAGACGCUGGCCAUCAACGGCAGUGCGGAUGGACUAGCAGCCUGCUUUGUGAAGAGGAAAGACCCUGUUGGAGAUGUGUUCAGUCUGGUCUUCUGGCUUAGGGCUGUAUGCGGCAACUGCUCGGUGUUGGAGGUGCGUCAGCUGUCAAAGGGGUCAUUGCAUGUCCGUGUCAGUGGCAGUUCUUUAUGUGUGGACAGUCUCUGUGUGCAGGAUAACAGGCUAGGCCAUGACGACUGGGUGCUCAUCACUCUGAGGUUCCUUCUUUGGGAGAUGAAUACUACUUGUAUGAUGUUCGCUACUACGUGGAUGCACUGACUUCAAGAGAAAUCGAAUACUUCGAUUCUGGCUUGUGGGAUAUGUUUCCACAAGUGGAGUCGUGCCGGUGUUUAAAUGAGUAUCCAGAUCUGGACGAAACUGAUACUUUGUUUUGCACCAAUGGUGUCUCCUUAUACCCACGCUUCAACACUUCCUUCAAGUUCCGCAGUAUUGAUGUGUUAACUGAUGAUGAUGGCAGCACAAAAUGGGCUUCUUCAGAGGAAGGAGCUAUUACUAUAAUGCUUGAUUUACGCCUUUCAUAUGAGGUGAAUUCCAUCCUCGUCAACUUUGAUUCUGAAGUUCCAUCUGGAGCGACAUGUUUCUUCAUUUCUGAUGGAACUGAGAAAAAACCCCGAAAUCUUCAAUGCUCUGGAAAGCAAUGCCAGCUUCAAUUGGGUUCCUUGGAUUCAUCAAUAGAUUUUGAUAGAUAUGAAGAACAAACAGCAAAAGAGAUCCGAAUAAUCCUCCAGAGGCAGGAUACAACCCCAAAGAGCUACAUUGUUUCAAGCAUUAAUAUCAAAGGAAGGUGUGAUUGUCAUGGCAAUGCUGACAGUUGCACUAUGACCAAUGAUACUUAUACUUGUGACUGCCUGUCAAGCACACAUACUCAGGGACAGAGCUGUGCUUUUUGUGAGAACAAUCACUAUAGAAACUUCUCAAGCUUUGACUGUCCUGUCAGCUGUCAGUGCAAUCUCGAUGGUGUGUUUAAUGUCACAGACCCCUGUGAUGAGAAUGGUGGAGCAUGUAAAUGCAAAAAAUUCGUUGUGGGCCCCCAGUGUGACUUAUGCAUGCCUUGGACGUAUGGAUUUAACGCUUCAAAUGAAGAAGGUUGCACGGAAUGUGCUUGUAACCUGACUGGUGCAUUAAGCUGCAGCAACAUCACAGGAGGUUGUGACUGCAAGCCAAACACUGUGUCUGGAAUGUGUGAAAGAUGUACUCUAGAUCACUAUGGGAUGGAGACACCAGACGGAUGUCAAGCGUGCAACUGUAACACAUCUGGGACAAUUAAUCAGGUCACACAGUGUGAUUCAGUCACUGGAUUGUGUCCGUGCAAGGACAAUGUUGAAGGUAAAACCUGUAGCACAUGUAAAGGUGGCUUUUUCAAACUUGACACUGCUAAUGCUCAAGGUUGUACAGAAUGUAAGUGCCAUGAAGUGGGCAUGAUGCACUCAACCUGCCACAGAGAUAACGGCCAGUGUCCUUGUCGUGGAGGUGUCAUCACUGACCGUAUCUGCUCUCCGCAGGUGUUGGAUGUGAAACCCCUCUAUGGCCCUCUCAAAGGGGGUACCCUUGUCACUGUCAGGGGAAUAUUACUUGGAAACGAAACCCACAAUCCAUCACUUUUCAUUGGAAAUGUGCAGCAAGCAGUUUUUGAUCUUGAUGACAGUGCCUUGGUGUUCAAAACUGUAGCCCUACCCAGCACCACAGGACCAAAGAGUGUUCCCGUCAAACUCAGUUGGAAACAGGUGGAUGUUCCUCUAGACCUCAAUACAUCGUUCAGCUUCAGACCCAACCCUGUAGUGAACCCACGCACAGGAGCUGGUCUCACUACAUUCAUCAGUGGAGGAUGCUUAAUACAACUUUCUGGCACCAAUUUGGAGAGUGUGCAGUACCCAAAACUGAGUGUCCAGAAAGUAGGGAAUCCAGACAGUUCUGCAGUGUCUAUCUGCAGACAUGUUGACAGUGAUGUCAUCUGUGGAACACCAGAUCUAAAAAAUUUGUCCUUACCAAAUAAUCCAAGUGAUCAAUAUAAGAUGACAGCAGUCUUUGAUGGCCUGUCAUUUUCUAACAUCGGAAACCUUGAAGUUGUUGACGACCCAGUCUUUGAUUACAAAGGAACUAUAAAGUUUCAAUAUCCAUUUGAGACAACAAUCUCACUUUCAGGAAAACGUCUAUUGAAUGGUUGCCAUGACAACAACUACAAAGUGCUGCUUGGUGUUGUACACUGUGAUAUUAAGAGUAUUUCCAACUCAGGGAUAGAAUGCUCACCACCUAAGUCUGCUCCAAAUGGGAAAAGGUCACAUGAAAUAAAGAUUUCUAUUGGGAACAUUGAAAGGGUUGUUGGCACCGUGGAAUACCUGGAGUUUUAUGAGACAACUGGGUUUAUCAUCAUCAUCAGCUGUGUUGCUGCUGUGAUUCUCAUUGUAAUUGGCAUCAUCAUAAUUUGUUGUUGCUGCCGGUAUAGGAGGAAUAAGAAAUCACCCCCAACACUUGACAACUUGGAUCACAAGAACUUGGUCGCUUCUGAGCCUCGUAGUAUGAACGAUUACGCAGAAUUGAACAGCGUCAUGGACCAACCACCAACUUCCAACGGCUUUCAUGGCAAUAUCCAUAUGGAAACAGUCAUCAAGGAACCAAAGAAGGGCAUUGUCAAUUCCAGUGCUGAGGAUGCUGUAUUAAUGGAGGACUUCUUGCCCCAUAUAGAGCCAGGGUUGAGAGAGGAUGUCAGCUUAUGCUAUGUGGGAAGGGGACAUUUUAAUUUAGGACGUAAUCCAAUAUUCAAAGGGAAGCAAGCCAUUCUGUGUGAUGGAGCCAUACAAAAGAAUGGGAAGCCUGUGAUGAAGCUGACUAUAAAAAGUCUGACAGAACCAGUUGCUCAAGACUCUCUUCUGCCUCUCUGGGCCAACCAGGCCUUAAGCGAGUGUCUUAGGUUACGUCGCUAUACCCAUACACAUGUUCUCAGUAUCUAUGGGAUUGGUGUGGACAAACAACGUUUUCAUAUAUUGUACCCUCAUAUGGUUCAGGGUACACUGAAAGCUGUCAUUUCAAACACUGAUAAGGAAUUCAGUGUGAGGCAGCUGCUUGCUUUCAGUCAACAAGUUGCAGAGGGAAUUGAUUUCCUGGCCUCUAAAGACAUUACACAUAAAGAUGUGGCAGCCCGAAAUUGUUUCUUGGAUGACGUUUCUGUUGUGAAGCUGGGUGAUGCAGCGUUCUCCUGGGACUUUUACCCUGAUGAAUAUGUCUAUGAUGAUCAGAGAGAACGCUAUUUGCCCUUGCGAUGGAUGGCUCCAGAGAGCAUCAGUGAUGGUUACUAUGACAGCAGAACAGAUGUGUGGUCAUUUGCUGUCCUGGUGUGGGAACUUCUGACGCGUGGGUGUUUACCAUUCCAUGAGGUGACAGAAGCUGAUGAUGUCAGAGAGUAUAUUCUACAGGGCUACAUCCUUGGAAAGCCUGAGACUCUUUCUAAUGAUGUUUACGACUUGCUACGGACAUGUUGGUCACUAGAGAAUGAAGUUCGGCCCUCCAUUGCCUCCGUUGCUCGGAAGCUUGGAGAAAUCUUGGAAGCAGAUGAUGAUGAUAACACAUAUGCCAAUGCAUCAUCAGUUUCAUCGUACAGAAUUCAAGGCAAGGCCUCCACCCCACGUGCUCAUGACAAUUCUGAAGAACACAUCUACAGCACAACAAACUUAAGUCGAGUUUGAUAUCCAACUUUUCUCCCUCCUGAAAGUUUAUAAAAUGGAGAAAAAAAUCCCCUCCAAGGUCUUGCAAGUUUAUAUACCUUUCUUGGCUGCAGCCCUUAUAGCCGAGUUCCCAUUAUGGGUCUGUGCCUUCCUUAACCAAAGCAAACAUAACUCAGGAGCAUUGCUAGAAAACUGACAUUAAAUAUUUAUUAAUUAAAAAUAUACUUUUAUUACAUCAGGAAUGGUUUGGGCACAAGAAGAACUUGUUUUGGAAUGCAUAUUAUCAUUUCUAAUAUUACGUUUGAAGGAUUAACAGUUAACCACAAUUAAAAUGUUAAUUUUCCUUUCUUGAUUCAUUUCUAAUUGCAACCUGAUCACAUCCUCUAUGCACAAACACUGCUGGUCUACAUUGAUUUCACUGUCAGAAGCCCGUCACUCAUCACUGGCACUGCACUCACAAUAUACUCACAUUCAAUAUCUGAAAGCUUUUCUUGCUAAUUUGACUUAUUUCUGCAGCUUUCAUGAAAUGGAAAUGAUGCCCAUGAAAUUACAGUUAAACUUUCUUUUCAAUCGCAUCUUUAUUUGAGGUCUGUGUCCGUUCAAUUCUAAACUUUGCUUAUUAACGGAACUAAAGUGAUAGUAAAAGCACUAAUUCUGAAUUUGUCCCCCUCCAGAUAGAGUGUCAAUGAUCUUUGUUUGCACUGCUUAUUAUUUUCUUGGCCAUUUCUUCAGUCCCUCAUCACUGGUAUACUGAUGACAUUCUUGAUUGCACACUAGCGGGCCAUCCCUGGAUAUACCAGUGAUAUUCAAAUGAAAGAGUUGAUGAGUUUUUUUGGGGGGUUGGAGAAGCAAAUUGAGAGUGACUAAAGUGAGGUGCAUGACUUUUUUAAACUAGUUGUUACUGUUCUAAUCACCCAACCUUUUCACUUUCCCAUUCCAGCCCUCGUCUGAGUUGUGAUACCAUGGCCACGGUGAAGACUUUUGGUCAGAGAUAGAUGUGUAGCUUGUUCAGUCAGUCGAGUGCUGUAGGUUAAAAACCAUCUGGAAAAGGGCCCUGUCACAAAUAUUAAUCUUCAAUUUAAAGUGUGCUCUUGAUCUCUAGUUCUGCUCAUACUUGUUUACUAGUGCUAGUUUCUAAGCUUGCUAAAAUCAUACCACCGCUUGUAGGCCUCAUAUAUAUAUAUAUAUGCAUAUAUUAUAUAUAUCGUUGAAGAUUCCUGCUUUACUUUGCAUUCUCUCUCCAAUUAGCUGUGACAAAUCACAGGCUUGUUGGCUUCGGACUACAGUUAUUAUUAUAACUGACUAAAAGAAUUGUGUGUUGUAGUCAGAAGCCACAAUGACAAUUUAUUGACAGCGGGUUUUUUGUUUUCACUUAGGUCCAUUGUUGCCCCGUUGCAUGAAUGUGAAGGAAAGUUCUUACUUCAUCCGCAGACAGAUAAAAUGCUUCUCCAAUCCCAAGUGAAUUGUUUUCUUACUAAUGGUAGGCCCAUAUUGGUUGCUUCAGUUUAGUGUAAAUUGAUUGCUGCGUCACAGUUCACUCUAGACCCCAGUGAGACUAUUGUUCUAAGUUUUCCAUACUGGCUUUAAAAAUAAAUGAACUAAACUAUAUAACAUGGCUCCAAUCAAGAUAAAGAUAAAGGUAAGACGUAAUAUGACAGGAAAUUAUAGCGCCAAUGCAUCGUCUGUGCUACAUUAGAAUUAGGCAUGAAAAGUUAAUCUUUUGCGGUGACUUUCUAUUUGUAUUCCAAAAAUCUACGAACUUCUUUGCAUCAUUGAUUGACUUGAAGACCAAGAAAUAAUUCUAGGAUUUUUUGGCUUGUGAGAAAAUAGGUAAAUGAAUGUAGUCAUACAUGAAUGUAAACAAUGAAAACAAUUGUAUUAAUGAAUUAAUGCACGAUUAUGUAGCUAUUGUUCAGCUGUUUGUAGAGGUGUGGACUUUUUCUUGUUUUGGCCUCUGUAGAGCCUCACAACAGACUGGGAAUUUGCAUAUAUUUCUAUAGGACAUCCUCUUUUUGCCUGUCUUUUCAUUGAGCCUUUAAAAAUAAAAUUACCUAAUUGUGCAUUUCCACUCUGAGGUUUUUAUUAUGGUGUGUGUGAAGAGGUAGAGAUUCUUUUCUCUUCUUUAAAAAAAAAAAAAAUUUAUUUUGCUUUUUCAAUUUAAGACCAGAUGAAGAUUGCUUAGAAAAA